AUGCAUAAUUCUUCCAGCAAGUUUUGGGUUUGCUCCAGGGUCUCCCUCCAAUGGGACGUGCCCAGAAAACUUCCAGAGGGAGCAGAUGUUGGAACCACCUCAGAGACUCCUUUCAGUGUGGAGGAGCUACAACUCUGCUCCAUCCACCCAGACGACGAGCUGCUCAUCCUGUCUGAACCCAACCGCCUUAAAAGGGACGUUAAUUCAUCCAUGAUCUAUUCUUGCCAUGUUCCACAUCUGAUCAUGGGGUCAGUUUCCUCACUCCAAGCUACAGUUCAUCACUUCCAGCCCACCUUCACGGCUCAGAGUGGCGGCAGCGUGGUCGCUCCUUCCAUCAUCGGCUCUUCCGUUGGCAGCAUCAACAUCAGCAUAUCAACAAUCCAAGGUUUAAACGAUCAGUUGAAAGAAUCGCUGCAUCAGAAUGGAACAAGCAGUUGCUGCAUUCAACAGUCCCAAAAUAAAACUGCACAGUGUCAACAGAAACUGAAAGCCACUCUGAAGAGAAAGUGCAGUCACUUGCAUGACGGGAUAACGACUGAAGCAAAUAAGAUAUCGCUGGAUGAAAUCUACACGGAGCUAUACAUCACAGAGGGAGGAUGUGGUGACAUCAACAAAGAGCAUGAAGUGAGACAGAUUGAGAAGGUGUCAAAGAGAUGUGUAACCCAGGAGAAAUCGAUCCACUGCAGCCGAUUGUUUGUUCUUCCACCUGGAGGAGGGAGGCACAUAAGAACUGUGGUCACAAGAGGAGUCGCUGGUAUUGGAAAAACUGUGUCAGCCAAUAAAUUCACUUUAGACUGGGCAGAGGAGAGGGCAAACACAGAGCUGGAUUUUGUAUUCCUGCUCUCUUUCCGAGAGCUGAACUUGAUGAGAAAGAAAUCCAUGAAUCUUGUGGAGCUCCUCUGCGAGUUUUUCCCCGAAACUAAAGACGUAGAAAUCUUUCACAACUCAACAAACAAAAUGCUCUUUAUCCUGGAUGGUCUGGAUGAGAGUCGUCUGCUCUUGGACUUCAACAAAGGGGAAAUAUUAUCAGAUGUGACAAAGAAAAGUUCAAUUGCAGUCAUUGUCACCAACUUGAUCAGAGGAAGACUGCUUCCGUUGGCUCUAGUUUGGAUCACGUCUCGCCCAGUUGCCUCCAGUCAGAUCCCGGUGGAGUACAUCGAUCUGCUCACAGAGGUGCGAGGGUUUGACAACUCUCAAAAAGAAGAGUACUUCAGGAGGAAAAUCAGCGACAAGAGCUUGGCAAACCGGGUGAUUGCGCAUGUGAAAUCUUGCCGGAGUCUCCACAUCAUGUGCCACAUACCGGUCUUCUGCUGGAUGGCGGCGAAUGUUCUCGAGAAGAAUUUGGCAACAAAAUUCAACAAAGAAACACCAAAGACUCUCACACAGAUGUACAUCCACUUCCUGUCUCUGUAUGCAGACAACAUGAAGAAAAGCCUCUUAGGCAGAAGGAAGUCCAAUGCUGACAGUGUGAGAAAUAACCUCCUUACGUUGGGUAAACUGGCUUUCAAGGAGCUCGAGAAGGGCCACCUGAUCUUCUACGAGAGCGACCUCAUCCUCAAUGGCAUCAAUGUCUCACAGGCAUCCACAUUUUCUGGAGUCUACACGCAGAUCUUCAACGAGGAGAUGACACUGUGCAAGGAGAAGAUGUUCUGCUUUGUGCAUCUGAGCAUUCAGGAGUUCUUUGCAGCGUUGUACGUCUAUCUCACUUUCCACAACGAAAACACCAAUGUCUUGGUCAAGAAGUCGUCCAUAUCACGCCGUCUCCUCUCCAGGGAAUCGUCAGAGCUUAUUCUCUACAAAGAAGCAGUAGAAAAGGCUUUGAAGUGUGAAAACGGGCAUUUUGACAUCUUUCUGCGCUUCCUUUUGGGCCUGUCACUGGAGACCAACCAGGCACUGCUGAAACAUCUGAUGACCAGCAAUCGGACACACCAAAGGACAAGAACUGAAAUCAUUAAACACAUAAAGGAGAGGAUCAAGGAUAGCCAGUCCGCUGACCGCUGCCUCAAUCUGUUUCACUGUCUGAAUGAGCUGAACGACCACUCUCUUGUGGAGGAGAUUAAGGGCUACUUCAGCUCAGGCAUUCUGAACAAUUCAAACCUCUCUCCUGCCCAGUGGGCCACGCUGGUCUUUGUUUUACUGACCUCAGAGGAAGAACUGAGCGUUUUUGACCUGGGGAACUACACCAGGUCAGAGGAGGGGCUUCUGAGAUUGCUGCCUGUGGUUAAAACAGUUCAAGUGGCAAAUUUGAAUGCCUGUAACCUCACUGUGAUGUGCUGUGAACACUUGUCCAACGGCAUCAGCUCGUCCCAACUCAGAGAGCUGGACCUGAGUAAUAACAACCUGACAGAUGCAGGACUGAAGCAGCUGUCUGACGGACUCAAGACCAGCAAACUGGAGACACUCAGACUGAAAAGCUGCAACCUCACAGAGGACAGCUCAGACAGACUGGCUUCCGUCAUCAGCUCUGCCUGUUGCCAGCUCAGAUUCCUGGAUCUCACAGACAAUGACAUUCAGGACUCAGGAGUCAGAAUUUUCUCUACUGGUUUAGGAAGUCCUCACUGUAAGCUGCAACAACUUGUUUUGUCUGGGUGUAGAGUGGCAGAAGAGGGCUGCACUUUCCUGGCAUCUGCGUUGAACUCGUCCCAGCUCAAAAAUCUUGACCUGAGUUUCAACCACCCAGGAAACUCAGGCCUGAUGCUGCUGACGGCUUUGCUGGAGGACCCACACUGCACCCUGGAUACACUCAGUGUGGAGCAGUGCGGUGAAUCCAGGAUCCUGCCUGGGCCAAAGAAAUAUACAAAGAAACUGACCUUGGACCCAAACACUGCGCACAGAGAUUUGACUCUGUCUGAGGGAAACAGGAAGGCUACACGGUGGACCAAGCAGGCGUACCCCGAUCACCCGGAGAGGUUUGAUUUCUGGACUCAGGUGCUGUGUAAAGAGGGACUGACGGGCCGAUGCUACUGGGAGACGGAGUGGUGCGGGAGGGCCUGCAUAGGAGUGACCUACAGACGGAUUUGCAGGAAGGGGGAGGGUCAUGAAUGCUGGAUAGGCAGGAAUGACUUCUCUUGGGGUUUGAACUGCAACAAAGAUGGCUACAGAGUUCUGCAUGGAAGCACGAAUGAAGUUGUUCCAGUUCAAGCCAGCUCCACUAAAGCAGGAGUUUACCUGGACUGGUCCUCAGGAACCCUGUCUUUUUACAGGAUCUCUUGUGGUGAACUCACCCUUCUCCACACCUUCCACACCACCUUCACUGAGCCCGUGUAUCCUGGGUUCCACCUGGCCUGGGUGGACUCAAAGGUGCUAUUGUGCUAA